CGCUAAUAUUAGCCUCUUCUUCCUCCUACCACCAUCAUGUCCAUCGUAGACGUCGUCCCUCCAUUCGCAAAGCCUCAAUUGCCGUCUGCAGAGGAGUACCGCAAGCGAAAGGUUGCUCUCAUUUCCGGUAUCACUGGUCAAGAUGGCUCGUAUCUAACGGAACUCCUCCUUUCCAAAGGCUACCAAGUGCACGGCAUCAUUCGUCGUUCGUCGAGUUUCAAUACUGGUCGCCUGCACCAUCUUUACGAAGAUCAGCAUGAACGGCCCAACAAAUUCAAGCUGCACUACGGUGAUCUCAGCGACAGCACCAACCUCGUCUACAUCAUCGCUCAGGUCCAACCCACAGAGGUCUACAACCUCGGAGCCCAAUCGCACGUCAAGGUCUCCUUUGAAAUGGCCGAAUACACUGGCGACGUCGACGGACUGGGCACCCUGAGAUUGCUAGACGCCAUCCGUACAUGCGGGCUCGAGAAACAUGUGAGGUUCUACCAAGCGUCGACAUCCGAGCUAUACGGCAAGGUCGUAGAGUCCCCUCAAAGUGAGACAACCCCGUUCUACCCCCGUUCGCCCUACGGAUGCGCCAAACUCUACGCCUUCUGGAUAGUCACCAACUACCGGGAGGCGUACGGGAUGUACGCUUGCAAUGGGAUCCUGUUCAACCACGAGAGCCCACGGAGAGGCCGGACGUUCGUUACGAGGAAGAUCUCGAGAGCGGCGGCUGAUAUUUCGCUGGGCAAGCAAUCGUGCUUGUAUCUUGGGAACCUGGAUGCUCAGCGUGAUUGGGGACAUGCGCGCGAUUACGUUGAAGGGAUGUGGCUCAUGUUGCAGCAGCCUACUCCUGAGGAUUUCGUUCUCGCUACUGGGGAGACUCACCCUGUCCGAGAGUUUGUUAACAAGUCUUUUGCUGCGCUUGGUAUUGAGCUAAAAUGGUCUGGCCAGGGAGUUGAUGAAGAGGCAAUCGAUGUGAAGACGGGCAAGGCUGUCGUAAAGGUGGACCCACAGUACUUCCGUCCAGCAGAAGUCGACCUCCUCCUUGGGAACCCUGCAAAGGCUGAGCGUGUUCUGGGAUGGAAGCGCAAGGUUGACUUUGACUCUCUGGUAAAGGAGAUGGUCAAUGCGGAUCUCAAGGCUGUCAAAAGCUUGGUGGAGGAUCAAAAUUAGGUAUUAUUCUGUACAAAACUUAAGGAGGCAUCUUGCUGUAUUAGACCACGGACUGGACAUUCGUUGUUUGUUUCUUACAUAUACCCUCAG